UACGGUUACCGUACUGGUAGCAAUGGCGAAGGGUGACGACGCUGUGAGAAGGAAGAAGAACAAAGCUAUUUGCAAAAAGCUUAGAAGCAAGAAUGACUCUUCCUCUGUCUCUGCAAAGGUAGCCGCACUUAUCGCCGCCAAGAAGCGCCGCAAGGCCGGAAAACGCCGCAUGUGCCAGGGGAUGUGCUUUAGUCUACCUACUCCAGAUGAUCCAUUCAAUGAUCAAUAUGGAAAAAAAGAAUUCAAAACAAUAGUUCCUAAAAAGAAAAAAAUUUCUCCAAAAGAUGAGAUGAUUCCUCUUAAUGGGAAGAGUGCACCUGAAAGGAAAGGAACAGUUGGUGGGAAUGUUUCACAGAAAUUGAAUCAUUUACAAAGGGAAAAUGAGUAUGUCACAGCCACCAAUAAUCUGGGUCAGAAAUGUAUUAUUAACUCAGAAAGGAAAAAUAUUAAGGGGACUGAGAUACCUGAUCUUUGUGGUGCCCAACAGAAUGAUUGUGAAAUUUCAGAGUUCCCUUCUAAGUUUGUUUAUUGGUGUCUAAGUUCAAUUGAAAAUGCAUUGCGUCAUGGUGAUGCCUACACUGAUGGAGAGGGCAACUCUUUCUUUCUUAACUCAUGGGGAUUAGAAUUUUCAAAGUGUUAUUCUACUGGGAAAGAUCUGAUGGAGACCAGUGGAUCUUCUGCUACUACUGUGCAAAUUGCAUGGAUGGUUUCUGGUGCAGCUGAUACUUUUGUGAGAAAAGAGAAACAAGGCUUAUCCUUUGUCAGUCCCUUUCUUUUGUUCCUUGUACCUUCCCAAGAAAAAGCUGUCCAGGUUCGAACAGUUUGCAAGCCUUUAAAAUCUCUAGGAAUACAUACAGUGAGUAUCCAUCCAGGUGCUUCCUUAGAUCAUCAGAUUGAAGGUCUGAAAAGUUGUGAGCCUGAGUUUCUUGUUUCUACUCCUGAGAGGCUUUUGGAGCUUGUUUCCAUGAAGGCCGUUGAUAUUUCUGGUGUCUCUGUGCUGGUUAUUGAUGGGCUGAAUACUAUUUGCAGUGCUGGUCACACUGAUACAAUAAAAUUGAUCAAGAGUUUCAUUUCUGGCAACCCUCGUCUUGUGGUUUUCAAUGAUUGCUUCAAUCAUGCAUCUAUACCAAUGGUUCAGUAUCUUCUGCCAGGAUCAAUUUGUAGACUCUCUCUCAAUAAGUCAAUUACCAGCCUAAGCUCAUGCAUUGUCCAGUCAGUUCAAGUGUGUACAUCAGAAGAAGAUAAACUUGUUGAGAGCAUCGAAGCCGUAGAUCAAUUCUGGACCAGACAUACUCGUAAUUCAAAUCUGCUAUAUAUUUUAAGGAAAGACAUCAAGUGCCAUACAUUGGUCAGGACUCUCAAAUCCAAGGUUUCUUCCAUUUUACUUGAUUCUGAUGCAGCAAGUGUUCAUGAUAGUGGGGAUUCAAACAGCAGAUCAAAAGCAGGGGUUUCCAUGAUUGAUUUGGAGGAUAUCUUUACUACGGAUAUAGGAACGUAUGAUGUAGUAGUCCUACCUAGUUUUGUACCCUCUAUGGACACUUAUGUGCAUAUUUUGACAAAGAUGGCUCGCCAUAGUGUCAAUGGGGUAUUGCACUCUUUCUUAACAAAAAGAGAUGCAGAACUUGCUGGACCGCUAAUUGCAAUACUUGAACAAUGUGGGCAGGAAGUUGCUCAGACCCUGCAAGAUCUGCACCAUACAUCGAACAUGUUGGAAGAUUGAAUAUUGAAGGUGCUUAGUCAUCCCCAUUCUGAAAUUUUUUGCAAUAUUAUGUCUCUUAUAGAGACCAUAUGUUCCUGUGCUCGAGUGAGCAACAAUAAUAUUUAAAAAAAAAAAAAAGUAGUGAAAUUUUUUGAAGUUUUAUAUUGAUAUUUUCUUUCCCCUUUCCUUUGUCCGGAAGGGGAAGUUCUAAUUUUUAAUUUUUUGUUUGCACUUU